CGAAGAUACGAGAAGGUCUCGCUCACAUCUCUCUCCGCGGCCGACCCACGCCACGCAACGCACGUCGACCCGGUCUCGCUCCGGGUCACCACACGCACGAACUCCUAUACCCUCGGACCGGCCCACAUGGCCAACGCGGUCCUCGGAGAACACGUCAGCGAAGCGGAGAUGCCAAGCAAAGAAGGAUACGUCGAGGCGCAAGCCUUCGCGUCGGUGCACGACCUCGUUCAUCACGCCAUCCUCUCCCGCCCCGACCACAGGGCGAUACUCAAGGAGAUUUACGCAACCUGCGAGCGCGAGGGGCGCAUCGCGUACAAGCACGGCAAGGGCAGCAGGCUCCUGACCGCUAACGAGCACUGGAAGUCCCAGAUCAGACACGCGCUCUACACCUCCCCGAGGUUCAGACGCGUCGACGACGGCGAGGCUUGGUCCGUGUCAAACCCCGAAGCCAAGGCUCCGGAACCCGUCACGGUGCGCGUGUACCCCGGCGACGACGAGGCUGUCGCCGCGCAGCGCUCACACGAGCGCGAGGAGCACAAGCGAGAGAAGGCGUUGGCGGCGGCGGCGGCGCUAGCGGCGGCAGUUGACCUCCCUCAUCAACUCCCGCACAAGGCCUCCCGCGCCGUCUCCAACUCGCGCAAGAGACGGUUCAGCAACGCGUCGACUACGAGCGACGAUGUAAGCGACGACUCGCCGCACAAGCGCAACCGACGCGCGAGGCACCACGCGCAAGGACGCGCGCCACUCGCGGAGGUUGCCGAACUGGCGCAGACGGGGCAACCGACGAAUAACCCGUGGCGAAAACGCGACGACGAGGGUCGGCUGCACCGCGCGUUGCGGAGGGCGCGGGAAAACGACCGAGGGCUUCCCCGACUCGUCUCGCGCGACUCGUCCCCGGAGCCCGACGGCGAGCACGAGGCGACGAGGGACGACAAGCCCGUCAUCGUGAUGGUCGGGAACAAGCCCGUCGUGCCCAAGGGGAGGGAUAUCGCGCACAACAGGCGCAAACCGCUCGAGGGUCAUCGCGCGGCGAUGCCGUCGGGCGCCAUCCCGGAUGCGUGGAACUCCGUCAAGUGCGGCGCCGGGGCGAGCACGGGGUUCAUCUAUCACCCGUCCAACGAGUUUAUCACCUAUCACCUCGGACUCUCCGGCUGACGGAAGACGCAAAGAGACGAGAGACUUUCCAGCCGCGAGCGCGACGACUGCUGUACUACCGAACGACGAGACUGAGGACCAUUUUUUUGCAUGCAACCACCACCGAUUCUUUCUGCGAGGGGACGCGAAGGCGAGCUCUGGCGCGCGGCUCAUCCCCUGACGCAUCAUCACAACUGACAUAUUAUCGCGGGCCCCGCCCGUGAACGCGCGCGCUUUCACACAUGAUGACUGUAUGAUGACUGUAGACUAACCAUUCAUGACUUCAUGACAAAUAUUGUAAUCAUCUCACACGCACAAAUCGUGCAUCACGCCACCGUCGGUGGGCUAA